AUGCAUCAACAAGUUCUCCGCAGCAGCAUCGUCGCACGUUCAAAUCCGACCCUCACGGCAACAGCCAUAGACGCCAACCACACACUCCCAACAGACCUCAGUCCAGAAGUCGACGGCCAGGCACAGCACACUCUUUGGAAUCCCCGUCCUCAUCUUCAGGCGACCCCACUAACCCAUUUGUUCAAGGGAAGAUACCGCCAUCAUCAACACCUACAGUCCUCGGGCAGUGCUAGGUCCACCAGAACCAGGAACUUCAUUCACAGGUUCAUGGACAUAAGAGGGAAGCCCACUCACAAGGCAAUACAGUCCCGCCCUCUGCGAUACCCAAUUGCCCAGCCCGUCACAAACCACCCUCUUGAGCCAGCCGCCACAAAUCCGCCACCUGACUUGGAACUUGAGCUUUCUUCGGCGCCCCAGUACACACCCUGGGGACGACUAGAUUGGAACCAACUCUCUGAUAAACAAAGGGUCCACACGGUCGAAAAGGCAGCAGCAGCCAGAAUCUACCUGGAGACCUACUUCGAGGAUGCUUUGAGUAGUCGUCCCACACCACGUGAACAGCGUAUCGCCGAGCACCAACGAAAUCUGGAUCAGUAUGGAGGUCACCUCGGCCCCAGAUCGGACUUGGAAAACCUCGAGACCCUGCAAAUCCUCGGAAAAGGGAGCUUCGGAGUUGUCAAGCUUGUAUGGGACCGAUGCCGACGACAGGUAUUUGCUAUGAAGGUCAUUCGGAAGUCUGACAUGAUUCGAAGCUGCCAAGAAGGGCACUUGCGAGCGGAAAGAGACUUCUUGGCGGCCUCUGAGAAUUCAGAAUGGGUGGUGCCCCUGAUAUCCAGUUUCCAGGAUCCAGUGAAUCUUUACCUCCUAAUGGACUACAUGCCGGGGGGAGACUUUCUUGGUCUUCUGAUUCGCGAAAACAUCUUGACCGAGUCCAGAACUCGAUUCUACAUCGCCGAGAUGAUACUUUGCGUCGAAGAGGCCCACAGACUUGGAUGCAUCCACCGAGAUGUCAAACCAGACAACUUCCUCAUCGGUGCCGACGGUCACCUGAAAAUCUCGGAUUUCGGGCUGGCUUUUGACGACCAUUGGUCCCAUGACACCUCCUACUACAAGUGGCAGCGACAGUCAAUUCUGGCCCUGACAGGUGUUACGCUAGACGGUGAUGGCGAGGAUCAAAAAGCCGCCCGCGAUGGUGGACGGGCGAGGCGACGAUCAUCUCAGGAAGGGUCAUCCAAGCACUAUCCCCCGUCAGAAUUGCUCCGAACCAAGUUUGAUGGGCUUGAAUGUCCGUUCAAUGUCGUCGAAACAAACGCAGACGAGAUUGUAAAAGUCGACCAGCUGCUUGGUUGGCGAACAGCAGAGACACGCCGAUCCUCGGCCCGCUCCAUUGUUGGCACAAGCCAGUAUAUGGCUCCAGAGGUGGUCAUGGGAGAGAAGUAUGAUGUCUCGAGAGUAUGCCGGCAAUUGAUCAACGAUCUGCUUCAGGACAAAGACAGCCGUCUCUCAUCACCCGAGUAUCGCAACCAAGAUGCUCGACGAAGUUGGGAGAAGCUUCAGGGCUACAAAAAAAUACCGAGUCAAUACGUUUUCAAUAACGACGCAUCCGAGAUCAAGGCCCACCCGUGGUUUCGGGGCGUUCCUUGGGAAGCAAUACGCUCCAGUCGGCCAGAGUGGAUACCACAUAUUCAAAGCUACGCCGACUCUCACUACUUUGAGGAAGAUGAGCCGAUCAGCGACUGGUCUGACUCAAUGGAUUCCGAGAUAGCGGAGGGGUCGGAGAACCUGGACGAUCUCCGUCUAAGGUUUCUACAGUACGACUUUGAAGACGAUGUGAGGUGUCUGGCCACUGAGUUCAUCUCCAAACCCUACGAUUCAUCCAAGUUGAAACGAUUCGAUCGCGAUAUGGACGAUCAUGCCUUUCUGGAAGAUGUUGAAAAGGCCUUUCUCAAAUGGUACGUCAGAAGAGUCGGACGAAAAGAAUGCAAGCGCCCAAGAGACAAGUUACUGCGGGACCGUUGGGUCAAGGAGGAAGUUCUUCAGAUGAGGAAGCGAACAGCUUUUCUAGGUUAUUCGUGGCGACGCAAAGACAUGGCCAGUCGCAGGCCUGUUGGAACAGUCUACCCUACAAAUUCUUGA